UCGAAGUUUUCACUUCUUCUUCCCAUUGUUCUGAUGAGAAAAAAGGUGCUGAUGUCCCCGUCAGUGUCUAGAGAUAGGUCAGGCCACCCCUGAAGAGCCAGCAGGAUGGAAUUGGAUGGGAUCUAUGAAAAUGUGACCCAGAGAAAUGCAGUGCCCCAGGCUGGAAAAGGUCUAUCCCAUCGUUCCUACAACCUAGGUCAGAGCUCUAAUGUUUUGGCCAACAGAAGACCUUGGAUCAUCUAUACCACCCUGGCCCUCUUGCUUCUGAUCCUGGUGGCUUCCUUGGCAGCUGUGACUUACCUGUAUCUCCAGAUGAAAACCAUCAACACGACCUCAGAAACUCACAGGUGGAAAGCUGACGCUGAGAAAGCCAAUGCUUCCCUCGUCGCCCUGAGGAACCAAAACAAAAUCCUGAAGCAGAAACUGUCCGAGAUUUACACCGUCCACAAGGGACAUCUCUAUUACUUUUCCUGUGAUGUAAAGCCCUGGGAUGCAGCUGAGGAGACCUGUGUGUCCAAAGGCUCUCACCUCACCUCAGUGACCUCUGUGGAUGAGCAGGAAUUUCUUUAUAAUAAAGCAAAUGGUGUCCAUUUCUGGAAUGGCCUGAACAGAAAAGAAGAUCAAAAGACCUUUCGCUGGUCAGAUGGGACCUCAUUUGAUGAAUCCAAGACCCAAGGGUUUUGGAGAGAUGGGGAACCAAACAACAAUAAUGGCAAUGAGCACUGUGUCCAUUUCCUGGGGAAAGAGCUCAAAUCAUGGAAUGAUCUCAACUGUGGGUCUUCCUUAAGGUUCAUCUGUAAGUGGAACUGUGAGUCAUCUGGAGCUUGCCAAGGAUUAUUAUGACAAAGACACUGAAUUAUUCUGCUUUCCCACUUGUGAAAAGAGGGGAAAAUCUACCAUCCCUACCAGAUUAUGGGUUCCAGUUUCUUUCCCACUUGAAGCCCUCCCCAAGGAUCCUAGAAUGAUCAGUACGGGGCUGAUCAGUCUGACUAAAUGAUGUCUCCAUCCCAUCGGGCAGCCAUCCGAAGGACUGGACCUGUCUGAGAAUGAAGGACAACGAUGAGAGCCUGACAUGUGCUUCCUCCUUCCCCUCACCUCGAGCCACUUUCCCAAGCUCCUCUCCAAGACCGUCUCCUACAGAAAGCCUGUCCCAGUUCCACCCUCCCAGCCACCCGGCUGCUAGACUUCCACCUUCUCUCAAAUUGCUUUGCAUUUACUUGACAUUUAUCUUUUAGUUAUUUUUAUGUGAGUGCAUUGUUUAUCUUGAGAGAAUGCAAUCUCCCUAAGAUCGGAACGCUUUGAUUUUUUCAUCUUUCUCUCUUUACGGUUAGCGCAGUGUCCGGUUGGGAGCAAACACUUCCAAAGUGUUUAUUGAUGGACUAUUUAAUGCUGAAUCAUAAAAAGAGGACUUUAAAGGAAUUCUUAUGUAACUGAAAUAAGCUCGUGCUUAUUUUCUAUAUUAACCAAAUGAACAAAUAACCACAAGAAGCAAAUUUCUAAUAUCGACAAGGAGCCAAGGUGGAUGUUAUCUACAAAAGUCACUUUUAACACAUCUGCAAGUCUUUAACCAGUUGCAAUUACUGUAGAAAGUAUCUGGGGAGCUCCCCUACCUAGGGAUUAGGGGUGUAGGAUAAAGUAGAGGGAGGAGGAAAUCACGUGCAAAAGUUCCCUUGAUGAUGGAGUUUUCUCAAGAAGAUUUCAUAGCACUCAGGGAGAAUAUUCAGAUAUCAAUCUCCUGGCCAUCUCCUCUUGUUUAAUGGCAACUAGAUGGCGUGGUGGGUAGAUCAUUAGUCCUAGAGACAGAAGGUCUGUGUUCAAGUCUUUGGACAAAUCAUUCAAUCUCUGUCAACCUUAGUUUCCCCAUCUGUAAAAAGAGGUAAUUCUAACACCUACCUCAUGGGGUUGUUGUGAAGAAUAAAUGAGACAAUAUUUGUAAAUUAGCACAGUGCCUGGCACUUAGUAGGUGUUUAAUAAAUGCUUUCUUCCCCCACACUCCUCCUGCUCCCCCAUUGACAGCUGGGUGAAUAAAUCUAAAAUCAUAUAAAUUUUCAAUAUCAAUAUCAAAUAUUGACUAUCAAAAAAUCACAAAUAAGGGUAGAAAGAGAUUUUAGACCUUUCAGUCCAACUCUCUCAUGUAACUCCCUGGCCACAUCAUCCCUCUCCAAAGACCUGGAGGAUCUGAACCUUUCAGGUCUAGAACUCUCAUCCUGGGUCCUCACUAUUGUGAUUGGGGAUCUCCUCACCUGGUCAAUCUAGGUCAGCUCCAGUCAUGUCCCAUUUUCCUUCACAGUUGACAUCUUUGCUGAGUACAAACCCUCUAGUUCCCUCCCCACUCGUCCCAGUUACAGAAUCUAAUCAAGACCGCCAUUGCUGUCGUAAAUGGCGACCCACUGGCUUGCUCAUGACUCCACUCCACAUCCUUGUCAUUUUCAAACAAAUUACCCUUCUCUUAUAUGGGUGGUCUCCUCCUGAUCAAAUGCGAGCACCUUGGGGGCAGGGGCUGAGGUUGCUUUUGUGUUUGUACUUAGCCUAGUAACAAAUGUAUUUCAUUUAUUCAGUAGGAAAAGGUAAAAUGAUUUGUCCAAGGUCACAGAUAGUAAAUAGAAGAGAUGGACUUUGAGCUCUAGACUGCAAAUUCCGGGCUCUCUCCACUGCCCUGAGUUUCCAGUCAGGCAUGGAACACCAGAACCAUAGUCUUAACCACCUCUCUUUGUUAUAAGACAGAGGAAAUGGAGGCUCAGAGAAAAUAACUUGAGUUCCACAGCUGUUAAGAGACAGAAGCAAGAUGGGGACCCACCCCCGGGGGACUGGAAUGUCUGGAUCUCCUUGUGGUUCACUGGGAUGUGUUCAUGAAGCAGUCUUUCUAGAACGGGAAUUCUGCACCAUCUGGGGCCUGAACACAAAUGGGCAGAGGAUCCAAAGCAUAUGUGUAAAAACAGAUUAAAAAACGACUUCACAGAUCA